AUGGCAGCAAUUGUGCUGGCACCGUUGCUGUUCCUAGCGCCCAUCCUGGCUUCAGCCGCCAACCUGACCGCAGACCAAGGCGCGGGGCCACUGUACCGCGGCCGCGACCUGCCUUUCUUCCUGGAGGCGCUGCCUGGGCAGAAUGUGUCUUUCAGCGACGGCAAGGCGGCGCGCGGCUGGCUGCAGGUGCCCAACCGCAGCAACUCCACGGGCGCGGUGUGCGCCAAGGGGUGGCAGAACCCGCCGCUGGCGGCGCAGGUGGUGUGCCGCGCGCUGGGGUGGACCGGCGUGGCGCGGGCCGCGGGCGCCCCCGCCCCUGAGAACAGCACCACCAUAGGUCCAGAGGGCGUGUCUUGGGAGUCGCUGCGGUGCGACGGCACGGAGGCGGGGCCGCUGGGCUGCAGGUACAAGCCUGUGGAGGUUAACUUCACGGGCUGCCUGCCGCGGGCACGCCUCGUCAUCGAGUGCUACCAGGACCCAGGCACAAAGGGCGAGCUGCGGUUCAGGGAGCCGCCACCGGCUGCCAGCGAGGUGUCAGAGAUGUACGGCCGCGGUCUGACGGUGGAAGUGUUCCACAGAGGGUUCUGGGGAUACGUGGGCACACCCUUGACGCCCAACGAAGCCGUGGUGCUGUGCCGGGAGGCCGGGUACGGCAACGGUACCGCCGGUACCGGUGACGUGCAGCUGGCGGGGCUGGGAUACCGCGAGGCCGGCGGCGCGCCCACCCUGGCGCUGGCCUGCAACGGCAGCGAGGCGGCGGUGCAGGAGUGCGCCGUGUCCUGGGUGCCUCCGCUGCCCAUCAGCGGUACCAAUGAUACCUACUUUGAUUGGGUGCCUCGAGGAUCCAUCAGCUACUACACCAGCCCCUUACUCCCGCUCCUCUUCUGCCCCCCGGCCUUCAACGACACCCACGCAGAGUUGGACGAGGUGGAGGAUGGCGCGCUGCGCUUGGCCUAUGGCGGUCUGCCCGCCACUGCUGAGGGCGGGUGCGUCAAGGGGGAGGCGCAGAUCCGAGCCGGCGGCUACUGGGGCAUGGUGACUCUGGGGGAUUACGGCGCUGGAGCAGAGGACGUCGCCGCCGAGGUGGCGCAGAGCAACGCGCAGGUCAUCUGCCGAGAGCUGGGCGCCCCCACCACCAACGUGACCAGCAGCCUGGCCGCCCCCAGCUCGGACAUCCUGCUGCCGGUGUGGCUCACCGACCUGGAGUGCGGCGGCGAGGAGGAAAGCAUCCUAGACUGCGCCUUCAGCUCCAGUGUGGUCCCAGGGGGCGCCCCGCCGGCAGAGGGAGAGGCUGUGUAUGCGCUGGAAGUGUCGUGCUGCCCGCAGUGA